AGCUCCUGAAAAGGCCAAGAAAACAAAUAAAGACUCAACUACUGUUAUGGUGAAAGCCCAUAAAGCUCAGAGCUGCUAUCAUAUCGAAUACAAGCUGUUCCCAGGUGAUACAGAGACAAUCAAGGUGGACCUAAUAGUGUUUGGACCAGUAGCAAAAAUGUACAAAGAAGAUGAGUUCAAGAUUCUGAGAACAUGGCAUGAAGCAGAUCAGACCUGGGUUGGUUGGACCCAGAUAUUCAAAGUCAGAGUCGACAGGGACAUGUUGAUCAGUCUACUUCCUCAUAAGAUCAAGCUGGAGAUAUGUAACAGUAAGGACAAACUGUGCAGCCAGGCCCGCUAUGAGAGACUGAAAGCCUUCAAAUUGCCACAGGAUCUGCCUGAUGAUACAACAGACAUGUGUGACAAGAACUUGGCUCCACAAGUGAAAACAGGUUUUCAAAAACCCACUGAUGAUUAUGACCUUGAGGACAUAAAAAAGAAUGGCACCGCAUCAGUUGAAGUUAGUCCCAUUCGUUUGUUGGCAGGUGACACCUCAGUGACCGAACGCUUCCCCGUCUAUUCAUUUGGUGUAUUUGAGGUCAUGUUCAACAUCUGUCUGGACAGACCUCUAUUGUCCGACCAACUGAUAGCUGAGCUCAAUCCACUGGUCAUCACAAUUUUGUCAGCCAAAUCAAUGCCUUCAUCCCCGGUGCCUUUCCAUGUCCUACAGGAAAAAUGCAUGCCUGUCUAUUGCCAGUACAAGUUCCAUAACUUGAGCAUGCACAAAACAAACCAUCACAAGCACGGCCCCAACAUCUACUUCAGAGAUGUAAAUGUGAUCCUGACUGGCUUGAUGAGUCCUCAAGAGCUCCAAGAGUUCCUGUCCAGUCCGCCUCUGCAGAUAGAGGUUCAUGAUCGUGACAGAAAGUUAGAAGAAACACCAAAAACUCCAGCAAUGCUUGGCACAGGCUCAGAUGAUCACAUCCAGAGCGAUGCAGCACCAUUCAAACAUAAAAUGAAGGCUUUUAACUCAUAUGGUAUUGCAAGCCUGGACCUGUCUGAGUUGCUACUUGGGAGGAAAAGUCUAAAGUUGUACUUACCAAUCAAAUGCUGCUCUCCACCUCCGCAGCUGGAUAGAGAAGGAAGUGCACGGAACAGGACGGUGACAGACACAGCUGCGAGCAAAGAUCCCAUGCCACAGGCCCAUUAUUAUGAUGCCAAUUCUCAACUCAAAGUCACAGUUGAGGUAGCUCGCCCACUGAAUGUUAAGACCGACAGCUGUGAAUCGGAGUCCUAUGAUGGUCCAUUUGGGCGUAUUGUCUACCUCUUUGAUUACAACAACUUCUCUGUCAUGACCAAGCUGAGAUCAGAGAUCCUCACAAUCAAUGCAUCUGCCUUCCAUCUGGCCCCACGCUCACUGGAAAAUAUAGAGAGAGCUCUAUCAAACUACACAAUGAAUUUCAAGCAUGAUGAGAGCAAGGAUCUGGAUUUCGUCUCAGGAUUCCAUGUGCUAGAUAAGAGGAGACACAUCUUUGUUCUAGAAGGGCUGAAACAUAAAGCAGUGAAGAGACUUUGGGAGGCUGUUCCUAUGAUGUUAAGCGAGAGUGAGGAGGAGCAGGUGAUAGUCCGCUACAAUCCAAACCUGUGUUUCUUCAAGCGCAUCUAUGACUCAUUAGAUAUGGGCUUGAGUCCUAUCCAUCUAUCUGCAUCACUACAGACCAUCAUGAGACAGCCUCGGCUUUACAUUAGAGGCAUGAUCCCCCAACCCUGCUUCCAGGCUUUGUCAAGGUUAAGUCAGCUGGCUCAAGUAAGGCAACUCAAAGACGUGGUGCAGUACAACCUCUUCCCCUCAGCUGACAUGAUUCUCAGCAUGAGCAAGGAAUAUGGCACAUAUGAUGAGCUGUGGAAGCAAAAAGCCAGAGCAAACACCGAGAUAGACUCACCCUCUCUGCCUGUCAGGAUGAAAAGACAUGCACCGCUUGACAUGCUCAACAGAGAAUAUAUCAGAUGGAAACACAACAGUCAGGGGAUGCAAUUCCACCACUCCAGGGACUUUAUUCAGGAAAAUAUUCAAAUGGUGCAAGAGGAAAGUAAGCAGGUGCCAAAGCCAGAGGCUGCUGUAAUAAGGAUGGAUACAACCAGGCCAGUACACAUCUACAGCAUCCAGACCUUCAACUCAAGUGAGCAAGUCAAGGAGCUGCUCCAAAAAGAGAUGGCUAAGAUGCCUGGGCGGAGGUUCACCUACAGUCAGCAGUACCACAGUGCUACAGUGGAGCCUGGAGACAUGACUUCUAAAAAUGACUCCAGCUCUGCUGCUGCCUCUUCAGUUUGGUUCUCAAGUAUGAGAGGUGACAAGUCCAAAGUGCACCCCAGACACCCAGGCGAGGCUCGUGUGGAAGAGCUGAGGAAGCCAUGGAGAGAGAACAUCCUACACGCCAACAUACUGAAUCCCACACUCUCACGGGACAGAUGGGUCUGGAACCAGCGCCAUGAGGACUUUCAACUCUACAGCAAACCUCCCCCUUUCUUCGGCACACCUCCAGUCACCAUUCACCUGGCUGGAGAGUCUCUACAGCAGGAAGAGCUGGAAGCAGCCAGAGCUCAGUACAGUCGCCAGCUGAAGAAGCCGGCUCCUGGUAGCAGCACCAACCGACCAGACAACGGCCCCGUCUCAGAGUUCAUGGGGGAAAACUCAGAGGCAAUUCAGGAUAUACUGAAAGACGAACCGAGGAAGUAUUCACUGAGGAAGCCAGGCCGGAUGCUGAAGCCUUUGCCUAAAUCAUCUGUGAUGAACAUGCUCGACAACAAAGCAGAGGCUCCAGCUCUGGCUCCAGGCCCCUGCAUGGACAGCUGCAAGAACAACGCCACACCCAGACAUAUCUCUCUUCACAAAGAUCACUACAUGUCAGUUCAAGUUAGAACUUUUUAUUAGGAAAAAAA